UGCGCAGUCCCCGGACCCCGCCCCCUUUCCCCCACUGGCCCGGUUUCCCAUAGUCAACAUGGCGGCUCCCUGUGUGUCUUAUGGCGGAGCAGUUUCCUACCGGCUCUUUCUUGGGGGUAAGGUUAGCCUUGCCCGGAACCACGCACUCUGGAAAAUCGCGGUAGCUGAGUUUCAGACAUGUACCAGAUCCCAGAUAUUAAGGCAAAGAAAUACCACUGUUGUAACAACAAAGAAAAAGGUUGCAGCUCUAAGACAUGAAACUUACACAGAAGAUUUUAUUAAAAAGCAGAUUGAAGAGUUCAACAUAGGAAAGAGACAUUUAGCCAACAUGAUGGGAGAAGAUCCAGAAAAAUUCACCCAAGAGGAUAUUGAUAGAGCUAUUGCUUACCUUUUUCCAAGUGGUUUGUUUGAGAAGGGAGCCAGGCCAGUGAUGAAGCAUCCUGAACAGAUUUUUCCAAAGCAAAGAGCAAUCCAGUGGGGAGAAGAUGGCCGCCCAUUUCAUUUUCUCUUCUAUACUGGCAAACAAUCCUAUUACUCAUUAAUGCAUGAUGUAUAUGGAAUGCUACUCAAAAUGGAAAAACAUCAAAAUCAAUUGCAAGCCAAAGAUCUCCUGCCAAAAAAAACUGAAACUAGAGACCUGAUUGGCAGCAGAUGGCUGAUUAAGGAGGAACUAGAAGAAAUGUUAGUGGAAAAACUGUCAGAUCAAGAUUAUAUGCACUUCAUUCAGCUGCUAGAAAAGUUAUUGACAUUGCAGUGUGGUGCUGCUGAGGAAGAAUUUGUACAGAGGUUCCGCAGAAGUGUAACUAUUCAAUCAAAAAAGCAGCUGAUUGAACCCGUGCGGUAUGACGAGCAAGGAAUGGCCUUUAGCACAAGUGAAGGUAAAAGAAAGAGUGCAAAAGCAGAAGCUACUGUUUAUGAACGUGGAAGUGGAAAAAUAAACGUGAACGGAAUUGAUUACCUGCUCUACUUCCCAGUCACACAGGACAGAGUACAGCUGAUGUUCCCUUUUCACUUCCUUGACCGACUUGGAAAACACGACGUGACCUGCACAGUCUCUGGGGGCGGGAGGUCAGCGCAGGCUGGAGCGAUCCGCUUGGCAGUGGCCAAAGCCCUGUGCAGCUUUGUCACUGAGGAUGAGGUGGAGUGGAUGAGACAAGCUGGACUGCUGACUCCCGACCCCCGAGUCAGAGAACGGAAGAAGCCAGGCCAGGAGGGAGCCCGCAGAAAGUUUACCUGGAAGAAGCGCUGAGGGUGUUUUCACAGGAAGAGGGGAGAGCUGUCUGUGUGCCUGGCCUGUGACAGACACGCAGUGAAAAAGUGGCUGACCACUGUGAGGGGAGCAGCGUCAGAUAUCGUUUGGGGUUAUGAGAAGAUUCAAUUUUAAAUGCUGCUUUGUAAAAGUGACCUUUUAAAAAUGAAAAAAGAAAACUGUACACAUGGAAACAGAGUGUGGAAUGAUGGACACUGAAAACUCAGAGAGGUGAGGGUGGGGAUGGUGGCAGGUGGAUGCCACGAAGGUCCCAACUUCACCACCUGCCCUGCGUCCAUGUAACAAAAUUGUACUUAAUAGUCCAUGAAUAAAUAUCCAUUGUAAAAA